UGUAUCGGGCAAAAGAGAGAAGCUGGAGUUGACGAAGCCGCACGGCUACUGGAAAACCACUCAAACUAACCUCAUUUUCAAGCAUGGCAGCAAUCCGUAAGAAGCUGGUGAUCGUGGGUGAUGGAGCUUGCGGUAAAACCUGUUUGCUAAUUGUCUUUAGUAAAGACCAGUUUCCUGAAGUCUACGUACCCACCGUGUUUGAGAAUUAUGUAGCAGAUAUCGAAGUGGACAGCAAACAGGUGGAGCUUGCACUUUGGGAUACUGCAGGGCAAGAAGACUAUGACCGUCUCCGCCCACUUUCCUACCCAGACACUGAUGUUAUCCUCAUGUGCUUUUCCAUUGACAGCCCAGACAGUUUAGAAAACAUUCCAGAAAAGUGGACACCUGAGGUCAAACACUUCUGCCCAAGCGUACCCAUCAUCCUUGUGGGCAACAAAAAAGAUCUACGCAAUGAUGAGCACACACGCCGGGAGCUAGCCAAAAUGAAACAGGAACCAGUGAAAGCUGAGGAAGGGAGGGACAUGGCUAAUAGGAUUGGAGCGUUCGGCUAUAUGGAGUGCUCUGCAAAGACGAAGGACGGCGUGCGAGAGGUGUUUGAGAUGGCCACCAGGGCAGCACUGCAAGCACGCAGAGGCAAGAGGAACAGCAGAUGCCUUUUGCUGUAAACAUGCAGCACUGGACUCAAACCCCAGUUAGGGGCACAAAAUGUGUGUAGAGGCACACGCUCAUUCCUCAAACUCGCCAAACGCUUCGGAAGAAAGAUAUUGCUUGAAACAGUUUUUUUGUUAAUUUUAUUUUUGAUCUUUCAUUUAGUCAAAAUGUUUUAUCAGUAUUUAAGAUAUUGCAGAGGACUCAGUUUUUUGCCUGUUAUGUUGGUUUUUAAUGAUGUUUUGUGAUAUUAAAGCCACACCCACCUGAUAAAUGCUGUUUUGUGACAUGCUGCCAAGUGCUUAGCACUAUUGCUGGGAUUUUUUUUAAAUCCAUUCUAAAACAGGGCUGAAUAAGUAAAUGUGAUUUGUAAUAUUGAUGUCUAAGAAUCAUUUUUAUGGUUUUAGAUUUAAACACAGCCAACAGCUGAAAGCAAAAAUAAAGUGGGUGAGGGUAGAUAUGUAUACAUGUACAUAUAAACACGUCAUGACUGGAAAUCCAUUUGUAAACUAGAUUUGGUAAUCUUAUGUAAUAAAGACUUUCUAUAAGGAA